AAAAAAAAAAAAAAAAGCACCCAAUCAAAUGAAUCGGAUCCAGUAAAAAUAGAGAGAGAGAGAGUGUGUGUGUGUGUGUGUGUGAGUGAGUGAGUGAGAGUAACUCCUGCAUGUUUUUAUGAAUGUAAAAAAGAUAAUUUAUCACGUAUUUGUUACUCAAAAUAAGGACGGUUUUUGGCCCUUUUUGUUUAUUUCCCUCUCUCUCUCUCUCUCUUUCUCUUUUUUUUUCACCCCUUUAAAAAGAAAAAAAAAAAAAAGAUGACUGUUUCCAUUCCAGAGACAAGUGAGGUUAUCAUCACCACUACCACAGGCAGUACUACUACUAUAGGAGGAGGAGAAAAGAAGAGGAUGAGCUAUAAUAACAAAUACAGAAGAGGAGGAGGAGGAGGAGGGGGUCCUAGAUAUGGACAGCAACAUCAACAUCAACAUCAACAACAUCAACAACAACAGCAACAUCAACAACAACAACAAGCUUAUUCAAUGCCAUAUAUUUAUUAUCCAGCACCCGUCUACUAUCCUACUACCACGCGCGAUGAUGAUGAUCUCGAAAUCAUUAUGCAUGAAGAGAAUACAAGUUCCGCAGACUUGACUAGAAGGUCCGAUCAAAGUAAAACUGCGGAUUUAAAGGAGCAAUUAGAGUAUUAUUUCUCAAGACAGAACUUGGUCAAUGAUACCUACCUGGUGUCUCAGAUGGAUCCUGAUCUAUACGUUCCAAUCUCAAUCAUAGCAAACUUUAGACGUGUGCGUGAAUGGACAACGGAUAUCAACAUGAUUGUAAAUACCUUGCGAAGUUCACACACAGUUACCGUCAAUGAAUCAGGCACUCGAGUUAAACCCAAUAUUUCCGUUCAACGAAAGACCGUCAUCCUGAGAGAUGUGCCUGACUGUACUCGACAGGAAAUCGAUGAUCUCUUGAAAGAACUGGACGCACCUCCCGUUCAAUCCAUCAAACAAGACAUUGGAAACAUGUGGUAUUUUACAUUCGAGUCAGAGGAUGAUGCCUUGAAACUCCUAACAUCCGUAAGAGGAAGAUCCUUCAAGGACCAAUUAAUCGCUGCAAGAAUGAAAUCAGAGCCCGUACUUCGCGUAAAUCAACGUACAACCGCUGCUUCUCCUACUAUGGUUGUUGCUUCUCUGCUGCCGCUGUUGCUGCUGCGACUGCUUCUUCUUCUUCAGUUAGUACAGAGGAAACUGUUCCGGCCAUGUAUCCAUACACAGGCUAUGGAUAUCAGCAAUAUCAACCUCCUCCCACCAACAUCACCAUGUAUGGCCGACGAAAUAACAAUUAUCGACCUUAUAACAAUCAUGUGAAUUAUUAUAAUCAGCACUAUCAUCAUCAUCCAAAUAAUCCUACAUCACCAAAAUACGACAAUCAGAAGACUCAAGUAGGUGGUCGAUCCUCACCACGUGUUGGCGGAAGCAAUAGUAAUAAUAACAAUUAUAAU